AUGGAUGACGACAUGGAGGGUGGUAAUUUGGGGCCUUACCAGGACAGGCCAAGGACAUUCCCCAACAUGCGCACUAAACCUUACACACCAUUGGUCUUUCGUAUAUUCAUGAGAUUAAAUGUUCGAGUUAUUUUCGUGCUUCUACUCUUGGGCUUUGGUGCUAUUUUUUACAUUGGAGCUAGUACCUCUCCUGUCAUUGUAUUUGUGUUUUCUGUUUGCAUCAUCAGCUUUCUCUUCUCAAUAUAUCUCACCAAGUGGGUACUUAAGAAGGAUGAGGGACCUCCCGAGAUGGUUGAGAUAUCAGAUGCUAUACGUGAUGGAGCUGAAGGUUUCUUUAGGACACAGUACGGGUCUAUCUCUAGGAUGGCAUUCUUACUCGCAUUUGUGAUCCUUGUCAUAUAUCUAUUUCGUAGUACAACUCCCCAACAAGAAUCUUCUGGCUUAGGGAGGUCAACAUCUGCAUAUAUUACUGUUGCCGCUUUUCUCCUAGGGGCUCUAUGUUCUGGUAUUGCUGGUUAUGUUGGGAUGUGGGUGUCAGUACGUGCUAAUGUUCGAGUUUCAAGUGCUGCAAGACGAUCAGCCAGAGAGGCAUUGCAGAUAGCUGUUCGGGCUGGUGGUUUCUCUGCAAUAGUAGUUGUUGGUAUGGCUGUAAUUGGUGUCGCCAUCCUAUACUCCACAUUUUAUGUUUGGCUGGGGGUGGAUUCACCUGGUUCAAUGAAGGUUACUGAUUUGCCUCUUCUUCUGGUGGGAUAUGGUUUUGGAGCUUCAUUUGUUGCCCUUUUUGCUCAGUUGGGUGGUGGAAUUUACACAAAAGCAGCUGACGUUGGAGCUGACCUUGUUGGCAAAGUGGAGCAGGGGAUACCUGAAGAUGAUCCUCGUAAUCCUGCUGUCAUUGCGGAUCUGGUUGGAGACAAUGUGGGUGAUUGUGCAGCUAGAGGUGCUGAUUUGUUUGAAAGUAUUGCAGCAGAAAUUAUCAGUGCUAUGAUACUUGGAGGAACAAUGGCUCAGCGUUGCAAAAUCGAAGAUCCAUCCGGAUUCAUUUUGUUUCCUCUUGUUGUUCACUCAUUUGACCUGGUGAUAUCAUCCAUUGGAAUAAUUUCAAUACGGGGCACACGCGACACCGGUAAAUUGCUGCUAUGGAAGAUCCAAUGA